ACUCGCAUCUUCUCAGAUGAAACUCGUAUUAAGUGAUAUAGUUUAAAUAUUAAAAGCAAAACAUUAAUGCAAUGUGUAUUACAAAGUUACAAAGUGAUUAAAGAUGGAAGAAAUAGUUUAGAAAAACUUAUGAAGUGAUCAAUAUGUUUGGUUAUUUAACAUAAAGUUAUUAAUCGUUGAUAAUGAAACUUAUAUAUAAAACAUUCUUAAUAUUAUUAUCAGUAAUAAUCAAGGUGAACUCAAUCAAAUUCCAUAAGAGUAUAAGACCAGUGUUGCCUGUUCUGCAAGCGUCGCCCUGUCCUCAUAACGGUGAUAUAGUAUCGUCUUUCAAAACUGGAUUAGAAGAUGGUUAUAAUAUAACAAUAAAGAAAUCACUGACUAUAGCCACGGAGUUGCGAAUUACAUUCGAUUCAGAAACUGCAUUGAUACCGGGGACGGGUGCAAUAUAUUCAGGCACAGAGGACAAUGUUUAUAAUAUAUUCAAGCUGUUCAUGAUUGAAAAUAAUGAUAAGUACACAUUUAAUGUAAAAGGACAUCCUGCCCCAUAUUCGCCGCCAUAUUUAACUAGUCUCAAAAUUAAUGGAGAAGAAUAUUGCAAAGAAGCUAAUUUGACAUACUUUGAAGAUCUGCCUGUUGGUGUAACGAAACGGAAAAACGUUCCCGAUCGUUUUUGCGGCAAACGCAAGAUCCUGCACACCGAGCUGAUUGUCAAUGGAGUCAAUACGAAAUCUGGUGACUGGCCUUGGCACGUAGCUAUAUACAGACAAGAGAAAUCUUCACUGAGAUAUGUCUGCGGUGGAACACUUAUAUCUAAGAAUUUUGUUUUAACAGCCGCCCAUUGUACGACUGUCAAUGGAUCACCACUUUUACCUGAUGUUCUGGGUGUAUUUUUAGGAAAAUACCACCUAUUUCAAAGCGAUGCAACGACGCAGGAAAUACAGGUGUUCCAAGUAAUUGUCCACGAUGAAUAUAGCCAUAAGGAUCUUAAAAAUGAUAUAUCAUUAUUAAAACUAAGAGCCGAAGUUGUGUUUAACAAUUACGUACAGCCUGCCUGCUUAUGGUUUGACGAGGCUUAUGACAAACUUACCUCUUAUGAAAUCCUUGGAACGGUGGCUGGGUGGGGAUUCGAUCGAACUGACUCCCUGUCAUCGACUCUCCACGCUGCAAGGAUGCCCUUGAUUCCUAACUAUUCUUGUAUUUUAAGUAAUCCAAUAUUUUAUUCGAAUGCUUUAAGAAACAAUAAGAAAUUCUGUGCUGGAUUUGCUAAUGGAACCUCGGCUUGUAACGGUGAUAGUGGUGGAGGUUUCCUGGUAUUCAUACCUGAUGCAAUUGGUGACAAAGUCGGGAACAAAGUGCCUGGUGCUUGGUACGUCAGAGGAAUUGUCUCAGCGAGUUUAUCAAGAGGAGAUGCCGCUAUAUGUGAUCCAAAUUCAUACGCCAUAUUUACCGACGUAUCCAAGUACUUAACAUGGAUUAAAGAUUAUAUUACAAGUAAUUGAAAAGCAACUGUAGUUAGUUACUUUUUGAAUAAAACUAUUGUGGACUGUAUAACUUGACUUCGACUGUGUCGUAUGAGAUAGAGAGAGAGAGAAAGAGAGGGGAUCAAGAGAUCAAGUGUAGAGGGUACCCUUGUAAAAUUUUUGUUGUCCAACGCAACAAAUAAACAAAUUCACUUUCGCAUUUAUUAUAUUUAUUUAGUAUGCAUAUUAAAAUUUACAACUAAUUAAAAUAUUUAUAGCAAAUUCUUUUUCUUUAAUUUUAUCUUCAUGAUUUCUUGAUCGUGAAAAAUUCUUAAUCAUGAUAUGACGUAACAUUUUGUUUUGAUAUAUGGUUCAAAAUGUACUGUCAACUUUGUAAUGAUGCUCUUUAUAUAGCUAUAGCCAAGCUAAUCAGAAACGUUCCAAGCGUCAGCUACAUACAUUGCUUAAUGAAAUAGUUGUCAGCAUUCUAAAAAACCCUAAUAAGCUUGGCACUAGACUAAUGAAGGAGUUCCCGGCAAACUUAUAUAAGAUAUAAUAUAUCUAUACGAGGGAUGAAAUUCGUGUAAAUCGUAAACCGAUAUAAACUAAUGUGAGAACUUUACUCUUAAUUUAUAUGAUAAUAUAUUAUAAUUAGCCAGA